UCAGUUCACACUCAUCCUCAUAACUUCACUUCACCCACCGCUCAUCCGCAUCCAAACCCUAAAAAUCCCAAUACGAAAACCCACACGCGCAUUCACACUUACAGAUCUUGUAGAAUCUCCAGUUUCAAAGCUUAAACGGAGAAUGUAGAGUUCGGUUUGGAGGUUUACACCGGGGGUUCGGAGAUGGGCCAGAACUGGUUCGAGCCGAUGCGGAGGAGAGCUCCGAGGAGGGUCUGGUUGGGGUUUCAAAAAUCAAUGGGAGUCCUCGUGGGUGGAAACCACACCUCAUCCAGAUUUGCGGUAAUCGAACGGCGUAGAAUUCCGUAGAAAGUAGGCGGGGGGGAAAUAUGGAUUUCAAGGUGCUGAAAUGGCAGAUCCUGCGUGGGUCAUUAGCCAGGCGCUUGUUUCUCAAAGCCCUGUUGUUUGCGCUGGCUAUGGCUACCGUUAUGUUCUUCCAAAUUGUCCAUGAUGUUGGGACACUGGAGCCGCUCGCAAUGGGUUUGCACGACUGCCAACUGAGUAUUGGCUCAAACCCGUAUGGCAAUUUCACUGGGUUUAUGAAUCCCGUGUCCAAAUUUGGAAAUCCCUUUUCUCGGUCGUUGUUUUCGACCCCUUGCAACAAUGACACUUGGGAUCUAACAAUUGGCGUUGUGAAAGAGCUUAUGGAGAAGAAAUUGUUGGAUUUUGGAGCAAAAGCUCUUUGUGUUGGGGAGGGAUCAGCCUCUUCUGUCUUGGCGUUAAGAGAAUUGGGGUUCAAUCAUGCCUUUGGCGUUGAUCGACACCCGUUUUUCUCUAUUUUGAAGAGGCGGUUCGUGUACGAGCUCGAUUUCAAGGAUAAUUCUUUCGAUUUCGUGUUCUCUAGGGCUCUUGAUAGGGUUUCCGUCCCUGCUCUUCUCGUGCUUGAGAUCGAGCGCGUUUUGCGACCCGGUGGGACCGGUGCCAUGCUUGUGGGUGCUAGUAAUUUCUACUCUGCUGGUUUGAUAAGGUCCGCGACCCCAGUUUCAUCGUUCCUUAGAAGCUCCAAUAUUGUUCACGUAUGCGGUAUAAGCACUUUUACUUUGGUCAUUUUCAAGAAAAGAUUCGAUAAAGUUGUUUUCUUUGAGCAUUACCGGCUUCCCAGUGAGUGCCAGUCAGUUACGAACAAUAAGCCCUUUAUAAAGCACAUGGAACCUCUUGUAGACGAAAAUUUGGAACCCAUUGCAACAAACUUUUCUUAUUUACCUGAGUUCAUGAAUAUUACGUCAAGGAAGAGGAUGAUCUACAUCAAUAUUGGUGCGGGGGAAUUUUUGAAUUCUACCCUUUCUGACAUGUUCAAGCCCUUUUACCCUGUUGAACCUCAAGCUUUCAACGUUUACGUUGUUGAUCAUGAUGCUACUGCCCUAUCAUCUUAUGUCAAAAACCCUGGUGUCAACUUUGUGUAUCAUCCAGGCCUUGCAGGAGACAAGGCCAUUAUUACCAGUAUCAGUUCUGAUGAGUAUUUCAGUGCGCCAGUUGAUGAAGAAGAAUUUGAUUUUAUCAGCUGGUUUGAAAGAACAGUCGAAAAUGGAGACUUUGUCGUCCUUAUGAUGAAUGCUCAACCAGUGGAGUUAAAAAUUCUAUUUGAGCUAUUUGAAAGAGGAGCAAUUUGCCGCGUUGAUGAACUCUUCCUUCGCUGCUCACAAGGUGCGGAUUGUGCAAAUGCUGUGUGUGGAGACUGCAUGAGUCUUUUCAGGGGCCUAAGAAACAGUGGUGUCUUCGUCCAUCGCUGGUUGGGGAACUAAUCCGAUCCCUGUCACCCCGUGAUAAGAUUGGUGAACUUUGUUUUGUGUUUUCGGAAGAUUAUCUUCUAUGGGUGAAUAAAUGAGGUAGUGUGGAUUGGCAUACGAUCUGGAUGUGCCUCUGUUGAACUGCAUUUGGUUCUUUCAUGUUUGGAGUCUUUGGACCUGUGUGUUUUAAGUUCCUCAACUAGGCUAUGGAGGAAACUUCUACUAUGUUUUAUCAUUAUGUUAUGCAAUAAGUACUUAUUUGGUGUGCUUGCUUA